CUUCUUGGCCUUCAUUCUUCGAACCUUAUGCGUUCUGACACUUCCAAAUUCCCCAAACACCUCACAUAAGACAACCUACGAGUUUCCGAAACGCACUCCAACAAAAAGAGAGAAACAGAAAGAACAAAAUACACCGCGCUGGUGGAGGAGGAAUGGCCACCACUAGCCUCGACGGCGCCGGAGAAGAUCGUGUUCUGGCGACGGCGCAGCAGAUCCUCAUGAGUCUCAACACUCCCAAGGAGGUUCGCCAGGACAUGCUUCUCAUUUUCUCCUCCUUCGAUAACCGUCUCUCUACCAUUUCUGACCUCAUCGACGCCGACAACGACUCCAAGUCCACCAUCUCCGACGCCGUUCCCGCCGAUGAGGAGGAACAAGAAGAAGACCUUGACCGCCUCGAGGCCGCCAUGAAAGUCAUCCUCCGCUGGGACGCCUCCUUCUCCGGCGGCGGCGAUUCCUUGCGCCACUCCACCUCCAUCCUUGACUCGCAUGUCGACGGAGUAGAGUACUUCUCUGCCGUUGAUGACAUCAUCCAGUGGAUCGAUGAAAAUCUCUCGUUAGCGCCGCCGUUGCCACCUCGCCGAGCCGCCAUGUGUGACCGCGCCGAAAAGGCUAUCCAGAUCGCGAUGACAAGGCUCGAGCACGAGCUCCGCCAUGUGCUAAUCCGCAGCACCGUCCCCCUAGAUGCCGACAGCCUCUACAGCUCUGUGCAUAGGGUUUCACUCUCGUUCGCCUCACACGACGGCGCCGCCACCGCCACCGCCGAAAUCGACGGAAGCUCGGAGAGCUUUGGCAAAACCCCAAAUCACCGGUUCCACGAGCGCGUCGCGAGCUUUGAAGACGAAAACGAAAACGAUGGCGUUUCAAUCGAUUUGGUGCAUCCCGAUGCGGUUCCAGAGCUGAGAGAAAUCGUAACUCGAAUGAUAAGGUCUGGUUACGAAAGAGAGUGCCUUCAGGUUUAUAGCGGUGUUAGGCGUGACGCUUUGGAUGAGUGCUUGGCUAUUAUUGGUGUCGAGAGGUUGAGUAUCGAAGAGGUUCACAGGGUUGAAUGGAAGGUUCUAGAUGAGAAGAUGAAGAAUUGGGUUCAUGCUCUUAAGAUUAGUGUUGGGGUUUUGCUGAGUGGUGAGAAGAGGCUCUGUGAAAAUGUGUUUGGGGAUUUGGUUGAGGUCAAAGAGGUAUGUUUUAAUGAGAUUGCUAAAGGGUGUGUUAUGCAGUUGCUGAAUUUCGCGGAGGCUGUCUCAAUUUGUAAGAGGUCCCCGGAGAAAUUGUUCAGGAUAUUGGAUAUGUACGAGGCAUCGAGGGAUGUUCUGCCUGAUUUGGAGGCGAUGGUUUCUGAUGAGUUUGUGGCUGGUGAGGCCAGGGGAGUGCUUAGUGGACUCGGCAAUGCUGUGAUAGGGACGUUUGCCGAGUUUGAGAAUUGUAUUAGGAAUGAGACUUCCAAGAAGCUGGUGAUUACAGGGGAUGUUCAUCCGUUGGCUCGAUAUGUGAUGAACUACCUAAAGUUGCUUGUGGAUUACAGUGAGCCCUUGAACUUGCUCUUGGAAAUCAGACAAGAGGAUCUUUAUCGGUUUCAAAAUGAUUUCCAGGGUGAUGUUUCCCAGCUAGAGGCCAUUUCUCCCUUAGGACAAAGAACGUUGUUGUUGAUGUCUGAGCUUGAGUUUAACCUUGAGGAAAAAUCAAGGCUCUAUGAGGAGAACGCACUGCAGCAGAUAUUCUUGAUGAACAAUCUCUAUUACCUAGUGUGGAAAGUGAGAGACUCCGAAAUCAGGAAGGUCUUAGGGGAUGAUUGGAUCCGGAAGCGCCGUGGCCAGAUUCGCCAGUAUGCUACAGGCUAUCUCAGGGCCUCUUGGACCAGAGCCUUGGCUUGUUUGAAGGAUGAAGGAAUUGGAGGGAGCUCUAGUCUUAGUAGUGCCUCAAAGAUGGCCUUGAAGGAGAGGUUCAAGAGUUUCAAUGCCUGUUUUGAAGAGAUUUAUAGGAUUCAGACAGCUUGGAAGGUACCGGAUGACCGGCUUCGUGAAGAGCUGCAGUUAUCUAUUUCGGAGAAGGUGAUUCCGGCGUACCGCUCGUUUGUGGGAAGGUUUAGCAGUCAUCUAAUAGAAGGAAGGCAUGCUGGAAAAUACAUUAAGUAUACCCCAGAGGAUCUUGAUACCUAUUUAUUGAAUUUAUUUGAAGGGUCCCCUGCUGUAUUGCAUCACAUAAGGAGAAAAAGUACAUAGACUAUAUAGGUUGUUUAUAAAGGGUGAACUCAUUUUAGGAGGAUUAGUUGGGAAAAAAAAAAAAGAUUUCUUAUCCUGUGUAUGUUAUGUGUUUUUCCUAAAUAGCUGUUAGUUUUUCAGGUGCAAUGGGGUUUUAUGAAAUCCACGUUUUUUUCCUUCA